UAGAAUAAACAUAGAAGGCGCUUUCAGUUUGCCGUGUUCCGCAAGGAAGAGAGCUAGUUAUGGAUCUUUCUGAGUGUACAGUUUAUUUGGAGGGGAGAAGGAUAAAGAUGAGAAUGGCGAUGAAGCGCCAUCGAAAGUAUUGGCAAAUAUUAAGUGGCCUGAAACACUCGAGACUGAUUUUAUCUACAGUGCUUUAUCAUUUGGGACUUCAAUUAAUCCACAGUUCAUUGCAAGCUUUGCUUCUGCUGCUGGUAAACGUCCUCAUCAAGAUUUCGACUCUCAAGAAUCUGAUCCAGAGUGGGGUUGGUGGACAGCAAACCAUGAGCUGAAGAAGCCAUCAAUUAGUCUGUUGUUUCCAACAAUCAUCCUCCUCAGCCGCCGCCAUCAACAGCAGCAGCAGCGAUGCUAAAUAGUAGUGGUGGAUCUGGUUCUAACUACUCUGGUGGCGAGAUCCUACCUCCACCAUUUUUUAUCUUUAUUAUCUGUGAUUCUGCAAUCCACAUGUUUGAUUUUUUACUUAGUUUCUCUUUGAGACCGGUCGCCAUGUUUGGUUAGCACAUCUAGAAUGCAUUACAAUUGGAGGCAAUAGCUGUUCACUAUCCACUAUAACCUGAAAGCUUAGCUGUUCAACUGAGCUUUCUGAUUCUUCCAUUUUUUCCCAUUCAAGUAUAUGAUAUUCUUGUGUGCUAUUCAAUAUUACAAAUAACAAAUUUGCAUAUGAGAAUAAUUAAGUAAAUUUGGCCACCUAAUCAGUAGGAUUGUUUGGUUGGAGGAAUUUUUGUAGCAUGUGAAACUUGAGCUAAUUAGAAAGCAACCACUACCUUCUCUUCAGCAUGAAAAAAUAGCUUAGCCAUUUCUUAGAGUUAAGCCCUUAGCCACUUGCUGGCCUUAUCGUCUGGAAGAAGAAAUGGUACUCAACUGCUGGUCUCUUUGGCAAAUUUUUCUUUGCACUUUUCUUGUUCGAACUGGCAAUCCACAACCAAGUACCUUGCUUGCACCAACAAAAGUCCCUUCUACUGUAGGGCAAUCCAUGGAUUUAUUGCUUGUCCUGAAAUUUGAUAGAGGCAUUCAUGAUAUCAGUUGCUCGUUAAUUCCAUUUGUUUCUUGUUCUCUUGUGCAUUGUUAUGACAUAUUUGCACCUUUUGCGGGGAACGAUCGACCAACAAUGGAGUGGCCCACUAGAUUAAAGAUCGCUCUGGGUGCUGCCAAGGGUUUAGCUCAUCUUCAUGAAGACUGUCAUCCAAAGAUCAUCCACCGCGACAUUAAGGCAUCUAACAUUCUUCUUGACUUCAAAUUUGAAUAUAAGGUUGCUGACUUUGGACUUGCAAAGUUCACUACUGAUAAUAACACCCAUGUUUCAACAAGAGUAAUGGGAACCUUUGGGUAUUUGGCACCUGAGUAUGCAGCGUCUGGCAAGCUCACAGAAAAAUCUGAUGUAUUUUCUUUCGGAGUCAUGCUUCUUGAGCUUAUUACUGGGCGGCGACCAAUUGACACAACCCAAUUGGCACUGCUUGCUAUAAGCACAUAUGUACUUCCAUUUGCAUGUUGUAUAAUACUAAUACCAAUUGCAAAAUUAUAGUUAUUUUUUCUACCCUUGUUAGUUAAUAAGCAUAUUUCUGGUCAAUAGGUUGUAUUCUUAUUCUUGUAACCGUGUUAAUUAAUGUUAUGGACUUGUAGUCUUGUAUUACCUUGUGAAUAUAUCUGUCCCUGCCUGCCA